AUGGCGGCGUGCAUACCGCUGUGUGUGAAGAUGUCACCCUCAGCUCCGGGCUUCAGGUGUCUGUUGACGGAACAAUAUUCAUCCAGAAAGCUGCUAAAAUCUCUGACAGACGUCUGCAGACGAGGUUACUCGGUGAAAGCCCAGCCGGAGGUGGAGGAGAGCGGCGUGAGCUCGGCCGGGUUCAGCGGGCCUCUGGAUCACUACAGCGGGCUGAUCCGGGACGGGACGCUGCGGGGGGACGAGCACCAGAAAGCGGUGCUGCAGACUCUGGACCAGCUGCACAAAAAACUGCGAGGAUACAGCAACACCCCGACAUCCUUCUUAUCCAAGUUUUUCACCAAACCGAAGGCUCCAAAAGGUUACUACAUCUACGGCGAUGUUGGCACAGGAAAAACGAUGGUGAUGGACAUGUUUUACUCAUAUGUUGAGACUGAAAAGAAAAAGAGGGUUCAUUUCCACGGCUUCAUGCUGGACGUGCAUAAACGGAUCCACCGGCUGAAGCAGAGCAUGCCAAAGAGGAAAGCAGGGAAAAUGGCCAAAUCUUACGACCCCAUCGCUCCAGUUGCAGAGGAGAUCAGUGAGGAGGCGUGUCUUCUCUGCUUUGACGAGUUUCAGGUGACUGAUAUCGCUGACGCCAUGAUUCUCAAGCAGCUCUUCGAGAAUCUGUUUCUGAACGGUGUCGUUGUCGUGGCCACUUCGAAUCGUCCCCCUGAAGAUUUGUAUAAAAACGGUCUGCAGAGAGUCAACUUUGUCCCGUUUAUUGCUGUGCUGCAGAAAUAUUGCCAAACUCUUCGCCUGGAUUCUGGGAUAGAUUACCGCAAAAGGAACAGACCCUCUGCUGGAAAACUCUACUUCCUCUCCAGUGAGCCGGAUGUCGAGGCGACGCUAGACAAGAUGUUUGACGAGCUGGCUUUUAAGCAGAAUGACAUUACACGACCAAGAAUCCUGAAUGUUCACAACAGGAAAGUCCGUCUGAACAAAGCGUGUGGGACCAUCGCAGACUGCACGUUUCAGGAGCUUUGUGAUCGGCCUCUUGGGGCCAGUGACUACCUGGAGAUAUCCAGGCUGUUUGACACCGUCUUUAUUCGCCACAUUCCUCUGCUGACGCUGAACAAGAAAACUCAAGCCAGGCGGCUCAUAACGCUCGUGGACGCCCUCUACGACCACAAGGUGCGGGUGGUGAUUCUCGCAGAUCAUCCACUGGAAGAUAUUUUUGUGCACAGUGAUGAUCACGGUCAUGACGAGAGCCACAUCCUGAUGGACGAUCUGGGGCUGAAGAGGGAUGAAGCCAGCAGUCUGUCCAUCUUCAGCGGGGAGGAGGAAAUGUUUGCCUUCCAGAGGACAGUGUCUCGCCUCACAGAGAUGCAGACAGAGGAAUAUUGGUUAGAGGGGGACAGGAGCAUGAAAUCACAGGUGUAACAUUUUUUGCAAAGUGGAUCAUGUUGCACAACUUCUUCCAAACUCCACAAACUGUCCUUCUCUCUGCCAAAAAACGGCCCAGUAUGAACACUAACUCCCACUCUUCUCAUCCUGCACAAACCCAGUGGGACUGCUCCUCAGUGUGUGUGUGCAAAUGCUGUACAGAGAGUAUUUAUUGAAAUCUUAAGGCCUUUUAUGACUUUAUUGUGACAUUGCACUUUACAUAUCAUUUUUAAGAUAAACUUAAGGGUGUCAUAUUGCUUUUAACUCUGCAUCACAUAGUGGUCCAACAGUAUAUUAUAAAUCUGUGGGAACGAGCUGGACGAAAAAGAUUCCCAAAUGACUUUUAUGAAGAUUUAAGGGACAUUUUAAUCUUAGUUCUUUGAAAAUAUAAUGAUUUAUAUAUGAUCAUAAUGCAAAGCUUAAUACAGUGGCAGCAAAUUGAUUUGGGGGAUUUAAAGCUGUGUGUUUAUUUCUGAUGAUUUAUGUGGCUGGUGCUGGUGAAAUGUUUGUCUCAGGACAUUUCACAGAUGCACUGAACAACAUUUGACUCCGUUAAGUCAGUAUUUAAAAAAAGAAGGAAUACAUGCACUACAGAAAGUGUUUUCUUAGUUUUCAUAUUACAUAUUACAGUUAAAUAUUUUAUGUAUCUGUCUUCAUAAACAAAACAAACAACGGUUCAAGUGUUUGCCUUUUUGCAAUAAUCUUUUCUUUAUUUAAACACUACGUCAUACUCACAGCCUCAUAAAAAACAGACACAGUGUGGGAAGUGAAAGUGAGAAAAACCCUCAGUUUAUCUCCUGUUCAAACAAAAAAAGUG